AUGUAUUUGGGCAUAUUUCCCCAAAAGAAAUCUUAUCAAUAUUGCAAGAUUUGGACAUUGGACUAACAAGCAAUUGGAGUAAAAACAAUAUUAAACAUUUUCACGAUAAACUUUUAACGAGGUCUUGUUAUUAUAUCCAAAUUUUGAAGGACAAAGAAACGUUAAUAUGCAAAAUAACGGUAGUCUAAAAGGUAAGACCUUAUUUAUAACCGGCGCUUCCAGGGGAAUUGGUUUGGCUAUAGCGGUAAAAGCUGCUCGUGAUGGUGCCAAUGUUGUAAUAGCUGCUAAAACUGCUGAUCCUCAUCCAAAACUGGCAGGAACUAUUUAUACAGCAGCUGAAGAAAUUGAAAAGGCUGGUGGAAAAGCUUUAGCUUGUAUUGUAGAUGUGCGUAAUGAAGAGCAAGUGAGAAAUGCCGUUAAAGCUGCUGUGGAUAAAUUUGGUGGCAUUGAUAUUUUAAUAAACAAUGCUAGUGCCAUUUCAUUAACUGGUACUCUGGAUACAGAAAUGAAACGUUAUGAUCUUAUGCAUAAUAUAAAUACCCGGGGAACCUUCUUAGUAUCCAAGGAAUGUUUACCGUAUCUAUUGAAAAGUAAACACGGACAUAUUCUGAACAUUUCACCACCCUUAAGCAUGAAACCUAUGUGGUUUAGUAAUCAUGUUGCCUAUACUAUCGCUAAAUAUGGCAUGUCUAUGUGUGUUUUGGGUAUGGCUGAAGAGUUCAAAGAUCAAAAUGUUGUCGUCAAUGCUCUAUGGCCUCAAACUGCUAUACACACAGCAGCAAUUGAAAUGCUUAAUGGUCCGGAUAGUUCUAAAUAUGCACGUAAACCUGAUAUAAUGGCUGAUGCUGCCUAUGCUAUAUUGUCUAAAGCAUCAACUCAGUCUGCUACCGGUCAAUUUUAUAUCGAUGAAGAGGUUUUGCUUAAGGAAGGUAUUCGUGAUUUCAAACAAUAUGCCUGUGAUCCAGCAAAUGCUGAUAAUUUGCAACAAGAUUUCUUUUUAGAUAAUGUUGUAUCAAAGUUGUAAAUAGUUUUUAGAUAAUUUUUAUUUAAUAUUUAGAAUGUAUUGUUGCAUUUUUGCAUAAAUUGUAUUGUUGUUAGCAGUGCUUAAUACAGGCGUGAAUAAAAGCAUUUUUUUAAUUUGGAAAA